UGGAAUUGUAGCAGAAAACUGCUCGAUUUGUACUGAGCUGGAAGAAAAAUUGUUAUUUUAUACUGUAGACACAAUGGGCUGUAUUUAAGCUACAGGGGAGAUAAAAUACCUUGAAAAUUCUUUUUAAGAGUGACGAGAUUUUCCUCCUUAAACCCCGGACAGACUUCCCUCCAAAAUUCCACUCACGGUUUAAACUGAAGCCUUUAUUUUUUCAAUGCAACCUUGUGUUCCGGUUUUGUGACUGACUGCAGGAGAGGGAAUUGCAGAGCGGGAAGAUGGAAUUGUUACUGGGAUAGUUACUGGAAGAUGGCUGGGGGUUUUUGGGCUGUCUAAUUCUCCCUGGCCAUGCUGCCCGCGUGUCACGAAGGGACAGUGGGAUCCGAUGGAUUUGGGUCUUUAAUUCUGGGAAUGGCUGCGCUGAGCUCUAGGGAAAGGCAUCCCAAGGAAAAGGUGCUGCAGGAGCUGAGUUUGGGGAGCAGUUCCAUCCCAGACUGUUCCCAGGGCAGGCUCUAAGCAGUUCCAGGGCGAUACUCCUUUGGGAUGAGGAGAUACGAUCCCGUUUUUACAGCAGGCACACAGGGGAUUAGGGCUGGGAUUGUUGCUGCUCAGGAAAUGCUGAACCUGCCGUGUUCACCCACAGGAACAGAGACCGGGCACUGCAGAGCAGCAGCCAAAGGCGAGGCGGGCGCUGAGAACUCGGGGAGAAGCUCAGCGGGGAGAACGGCGCACAUGACAGAUUGCAUGGACGACCUGAGCCUGGGCUCGCCCAAGCACAGAGAGUCCCCGGGCCGCUCCAGCCGCUCGUCCAGCCGCUCCUCCAGCCGCUCUUCGCGCAGCUCCAGCUCCAGCAGCUCCUCCAGCCGCUCCUCCCGCAGCUGGAGCCGCUCUCGCUCCCGCUCUCGCUCCCGUGCUCGCCGCUCCCGCCGCUGCUCCCGCUCCUAUUCCCGCUCCCGUUCACGCUCCCGCGGUUACCGGCGCUACCGCAGCCGCUACCGACCCCGGCACUACCGGCACCGCUACCACCCCCGGUACCGCUCCCGGUCCCGCUCCCGGUGCUGUUACCGCCGCUCGUUCUCGCGGAGCCGCUCCCGUUCCCGCGGCCGGCGCUACUACGGCUUCGGCAGAACCGUGUACCCCGAGGCGUACCGCGGCUGGAGGAGCCGCUCCCGCACGCGCUCCCGCAGCCGCUCACCGCUGCACCUCAGCGAGAAAGACAAGAGGGAACUCCUGGAAAUUGCAAAAGCCAAUGCUGCCAAAGCUCUGGGAACAGACAACAUCGUCCUGCCAGCCAGCCUGAGGAUCUCUGCUCCUGCCAAAGAGAUGAAAAGUGAGAAGCAGGAGCGGGAGGAGGCCCGGGAGUCAGCUGAGCAACCCGGGAGUGCAGCUGAGGACGUGACCAGGGGAGCAGUGGAGAGAGCAACAAUCCAGAGGAGCAUUUCCUUCAGCCCUAAUAACACAAUGGCCAAGCCUGCCCUGCAGAAGCCAGUGAGCCAUGCUGUGGUUAAGGACCCUGUGGUUUCUCCACCCAGGGACGAGGACAGGAAGGGAAGCCCCUAUGGGCAGUGGGUUCCUGUCAAGAAGGAGGAGAAGAAAACAUUCCUGAACUUCUCACCCAAAAACUCCCUGUUCAGGGCACGCUGAUGGGAGUCACUGUCAGCCUGCAGCACUUCACACCCCUCAGCACAGAGAUGGAGAUUUCUGAUGGGCUUGAAGAUUUGUUAAUACUGAGUAUUUAUUUUGAGGUCUUAAUUUUUGGAAUCUUAGGUUUCUCUUUCAGAUAGAGAGCACACAGAUCCAGAAGCCACAGAUGGGAAUCUUGUGUAUAUUUGUAAAUAUUUUGUAUUGCUUUAUUGGACUAGAACUUGCAGGUGGGUAACUUUUUUCUAAACCAUAGUUGAGUAGCUGUUCUUUGAACACCUGGAUUUACAUUGUGUAACUGUUUACUGAAGUGAAUAAAGUUUAGUUUUGCACUGGC